AUGGUGCUCGUGUCUGUGGAGGUGCAGAACCCCCCGGCGGAGGAGAAGGCGAGCCGGCUCCUGCAGCCCGCAACGGCCGACGAGGGCGAGGUGGGCAGCGGCGGCGGCAGCGGUGUGGCGGGGGCAGUGGCGACGCCGUCAGUGACGCAGCUGGUGGCCGGCGCCGCCGUGCACCGGGCUGUUGAGAGCAUCGAGGCGGCGGCGGCGGGCAAACCCGCCAGCCCGGCGGUGCAGCAUGCGAUCAGGUACUGCACCCCGGCUGUGCGCAACGACGUGCUGGAGCGCGUCAGCAGGGUCGUCGCCGACGGACUGCUGGGGGACCCCAGCUUCAAGGCCGGCCUGCUGGGCGAGGAGCCGGAGCCCGGCGCCAGCGGCACUGCUGGCGGCGGCGGCGGCGCGGCGGCGGCGGCGGCGGGGGCGGUGGCGCAGGGGCCUGCGGAGGGCGCGGCCGAGGGCGGCGCAGGUGCGGCGGCCGGGGCGGCGGGGGCGGUGGCGGUGGGGCCGGCCCUGCAGGGGCGCGAGGCAGCCAAGGCCGCCAUCGGCGACGGCUGCGCGGCGUUUGAGCGGCUGCUGGGGGCGAUGGCGGGCCCGGGCAGGGUGCGGGAGCCUGCGGGGGCGGCGGUGGCGGCGCGCCGUGCGGCGGUGAGCGACGUGCGCCUGGCCCUCGAGCGCCUGACCGACAUCUGGUUUGAAAUGGCGCAGUGA